AUGAUGUUUAAGUUGAUUUUAACUGAUAAAUGUGAUUUACACUUAACAUUGAUCAUUUGCUUAUUAUGAUUGUGAUGUAUAAGUUAUGACAUUAGGGUUAAUUGUUGCAGCACAUAUUUCUAUAUAAUAAUAUUUAAUAUCCAAUAGUUAUAGAGUAUUAUGCUUAAUAUUAUCUACCUGUGAUAUAAUGCUGUUAAUAACAAUGCAGGUUUUAAAUAUUUUUGAACAUUUGUUUAGCUAGAAAUUCUUUUGGUUAGCAACUGGGUUUAAAGAAUAAGUUUGCACAGUUUGAUAUUAAGCAUGUUAAUGUCUAUUUAUAGAUAUUUUUGUCAAUAAGCCAGUAUAUUUCUUAACAUUGUUUUUACCUAAUGUCAUUUCUUUGAAAAUUUGUUAAGUAUUAGGAAAUACUUAAAAUUUUUGUUACAGGAUUUUUGUUAAUAAAAAAGUAUUCUUUCUAUAUUGCCUUCUAUAUUUUAUUAAUGUACUCAAGUUCGAAAUGGAUAUUCCGAUAAUUGUGACAUUACGCUGCUGUCUGUAAAAAUAAUGUUUUACUGGUUUUUCAAUUUCAUUUAACAAAUAACUAGCCAUGUUUAUUAAUAUACCUUUUGUCCUUUGACAUGGAUAUAAAUUUAUAUAUAUUUUUUUUUUGUAAUUAAGAGAUGGCAGACAGCGGUUUAUUAAAAGAAAUCCUGGACUCCUUGAAUGACCCAGACACCGUGCAGUUGUUUGCUACAGUUAAUGGUCUUACUGGUGAUGCCGAGGUCGAGAACAGAUUAAGGGAGCUCCAGUGGGAAAAGCACAUCGAUGACUUAUGGCAGGAGGUUCUUUCCGAGAUGGAAUCCCCAACUAAAAAAAUUAGACCAUCCCAAGAGGAUGGCGAUCAACCCUCUACGAGUGGGCAGUCGGGGGGUGGGGGGAGUUCCGAGGACCCAUUAGAAAAACCCUAUUUCAUUUGGAAGAGAGACACUCGAACAUUUAAGAAAAACUUGGCCCGCGACACCACGUUUAAGGUCAAAUUUAACGAGCAGUGGAAGGGGGAUAAAUUGUUAGAUAUACAUAACAAGUUGCACGAUAUGUUCGACGACCUGUUGUCAGAGGCCCGGGGUCACGAUGCGGAUCUGGGAAGGGUGGUCAUCAGUCAUUCGAGUUUAAACAAUCCGAUCGUCGUGCCGCUACAAUCCUGGGAAAAUCUGAAUGCAGAUGUCGUCCUGUCCGAGAUCACCAAAGUACUUAAUUCGAACGAAAGCUUGUCCGUGGACGAAAAUCUGUUGAUCACCAUAGGGUCCAUCGAUUUGCCCAAAGGGGGAGGUAACCCUAGAAAAUUACCCAUCACGUCUCUCUUUGGUCCUAAAAAUAGCGUAGAAAGAAAGAGAUCGCUUUUUCACGUACAAAAUGAUAACAACGUAUGUAUGGCCAUUUCCAUUGGUCUCUGUUACCUGAAAACGUGUGAAAAAGUAGAUGCUGUUACGUGGACAAAUUUAGUGGGGAAAGAUGCUGGAACAAUGUUCGACCAUAUCAUCAAGCACCGUACUGUUACUCGAUCCUAUUACAACAAUAUCUUGAAAACCUCGAGAAAAAAAAUGCAAACGGAGUUGGCGAUGUGGCUGUGUGAAAGAGCCGGAGUUCCUACUGACAGAUAUUUAGGUUUGAACGACAUCGAACCAUUCGAAACCUUACUUGGUGUCUGUAUCAACGUUGUGUCCUCAAGAGUAGGGAAUAAAUUUGUCAGGGUGACGGAGGACGAGGACAAGCCACGUCUGUAUUUAUAUCACGUGGACACAGAAACUGAAAAACACUGGCACGGGAUUGCCAGCAUACAAGGCUUUUUUAAGGCAUCGUAUUUUUGCCAUACUUGUUUAAAACCGUAUAAUGAUAAAUCCAAACACACGUGUACCACCUCGUGUGAGGUUUGCUUACAUGACCACUGUCCAGAAACAAAUGUCCAAAUAGGUUGUCGAACCUGUGGACGGGUCUGUCGUUCCGUGGCGUGUUUUAAACGUCAUAAAAAACAAAGAGUCGUCAAGAAAGAGAGUUAUCCUCCUCCUUGCGAACUGUUUCACCAAUGUAAAAAAUGUAGGGUCAUUCUACAUUGCUGUAAACGCUCUCCCGACUUGCACGUUUGUCAAGAAUGGCAGUGCCCUAACUGUCUAGAAUAUCAAAUAGGAGAACAUCAUUGUUAUCAAAAACCGUGUGGAUGUGAUUUAGAAAAAAGAGACAAAAAAUUUAUUUUCUACGAUUUUGAGACGCGUCAAGAGGACAUCUUUCAUUGCGAGCAAGGGUAUCGACCGUCUUGCAUCAGAUGCGACCAAUGUGUCAAAAAAGAACGCCAGUGUGUAGACUGUAGACUCUGUCAGAACUGUCGUGAUCCGUCCUGUGGUCUACAACAACACAAAGUCAACUUUGCCGUGCUGCAGACCACCUGUCACAUAUGUGAGAAAAGGGAACUGGUGGAGGGCGCCUCCUGUAGUUACUGCGGAACACGGUGUGAGCAAUGCUCCCGAACCCAUAAAGGUGAAUAUGUGAACCCCCCUUGUCCCGACACUUGUGGAAAAAGGGAAGUGGUGUUUUCUGGCGACAACGCCGCCGAGCAGUUCUGUGCUUUCGUCACCAGUGAACAUUGUAAAAAUUCGAUCUUGAUUGCCCACAAUGCCAAAAGUUUCGACUUGUAUCCGGUUUUAGAAGUGCUCAUAGACCGUCACUCUAUUCGACCUAGCAAGAUCAUUUACAACGGUUCUAAAAUCAUGUACAUGCACAUUGCGCACAAAUUAAAUUUGACUUUUGUGGAUUCCCUCAAUUUCCUGCCCAUGAAGCUUGCCAAAAUACCAGAUGCCUUCGGUCUACAGGAACUCUGUAAGGGAUACUUUCCCCAUUUAUUUAAUACUAAAGCCAAUCAAAACUACGUGGGGCCGUAUCCAGAGUUGAAGUACUACGGAUACGAUUUCAUGUCGGCCGGGGAGCGGAAAAAGCUUGCCGAAUGGCAUGCAACGAAACGAGACGAAACCUUUAACUUUCGAGAAGAAAUGUUGCAAUAUUGUCGCUCGGACGUUGAUAUAUUGAGGCGGGGGUGUCUAGAAUUUAGAAACUUGGUGAUCAAGGUGACAACUCUAACAGAGGAAACGGUUCAAGCAAACGGAAUCAUCAAGAAAACGAGCUCGGGUGGAGUCGACCCCUUUGAUUUUGUCACCAUUGCAAGUGUCUGCAUGGGGAUAUUCAAGUCGCUCUUUUUGAAGGGAAAAAGUAAAAUAGAAAUCACCAAAGAUGGUGAAUCGGAUUUGUACGACAUUCGUCAUCAUAAGAGUUUAGAGGGGGUCCAUCUCGGUGAUUGUUGGACGUCUCUCGUCGAUUUAAGAAAGGACGACAAUGUACAGAUAGGAAAACGACAUUUCAAAAGUCCCGUGGCAGUAGUACCAUCUCAAGGAUACACGAAGCGCGACAAUUACAGCAAAAUUUCCAUCCAGUGGCUGGAGUGGUUGAUGGAAAAAAGUCGUCAGCGGGGUAACCCCAUUGUCAUUUCCCACGCUCUCAACGGUGGUGAAUUCCAAGUGCCAGGGACCAAUUACAGAUGUGACGGGUUUGUCAAGAUUCCUGGCGGAAACGGAACCAUUUAUGAAUUCUAUGGUUGUGUAUUCCACGGUUGUCCCAACUGUUUCCCAGACGAUAGGAAUACCAUCAAACACCCGUCUACCAAUCAGACCAUCAAAGAAUUGUACGACAUGACCAAACACAGAGAAAAGGAAUUGAAAAAUCUGGGAUACAAAUUGGUCAUUGUGUGGGAGCAUCAAUUUAAAUUUCAAUUGGAGAAGAAUGUAGCUUUGCAACAAUUCGUGUCCACCCUAGAUCUCCAAGACAGACUCGACCCACGUGACAGUUUUUUCGGUGGUCGCACCAAUGCCAUCAAACUGCAUUAUAAAGCUGCAGAAGACGAAACAAUCCAAUAUUUCGAUUUUACCAGUCUCUAUCCCUGGACCAACAAGUAUUGUCGGUAUCCCGUCGGCCAUCCGACCAUCAUAACGGACGAUUUUCAGGACUUGUCGCAAUAUUUUGGACUGGCUAAAAUAAAAAUUCUCCCCCCUAGAAAACUUUAUCAUCCCGUACUUCCAUACAAUUCGAAUGGAAAAUUGAAGUUCCCACUUUGUAAAACGUGUGCAGACAGUGAAAAUCAAAAUGAAUGUACAUGCUCUGUUGAAGAGAGAUCCAUCACGGGCACGUGGUGUACUCCUGAAAUUCAAAUGGCAACGUCAAAAGGGUACGAAAUCUUGAAAAUCUAUGAAGUUUAUCAUUUUGCCGAGUCUUCCAAAUACGAUGUCGAGUCGUGUGAGGGGGGAUUAUUCGCUCAGUAUGUGAACAUGUUUUUAAAAAUAAAACAGGAGGCUUCCGGAUUUCCGGCCGAAUGCGACACGGAAGAGACCAAAAGAAAAUACAUUAGGGAAUACAAAGAAAACGAAGGUAUCCAAUUAGAGUAUGAAAAAAUUAAAAAAAAAUCCCGGUUUGCGAUGUUUAGCGAAACUUUGUCUGAAUAGCUUUUGGGGGAAAUUUGGUCAGAGGUUGGGCAUGCAACAAUCCGUGUUCAUUCACGAAUCGGAAGCCGAAAUUUUUUUUCAAAUGCUCUCAGAUCCUACAAAAGUACCACACAACUUUCACAUUGUUUCGAGAGACAUUCUUCAAUUAGAAUGGAGUAACAACCCCCUAUUCGCGUCAUUCGACAAUAAAACUAAUAUAUUCUUGGCCUCUUUUACCACCAUGUGGGCUCGACUGAAAUUGUAUGGCGUUCUCGACAAAUUAAACGAGAACGUCUUGUAUUUCGAUACAGACAGUGUCAUCUUCAAGACAAAAAAGUCGGACAACUUGAAUUAUCUCCCCAUAGGUAAUCACCUGGGAGAAUUGACUAAUGAAAUCUCUCCACAAGACGGGUACAUUGUCGAAUUCGUUUCUGGGGGUCCUAAAAACUACGCUUACCGCACACUGUCGGGAAAAGAAGAAUGCAAAGUUAGAGGGUUUACACUUAACUGGGCCAACUCGAAACUUAUCAAUUUCCAGGCUAUCAAGUCGAUAAUCUGUACCUCACACGACCGACAAAUUGAAAUUGUCAACCCUUGUAAAAUAUCGAGAGACAGCAGAAAGCGAAAAUUGUUAAAUAGGGUUGAAACUAAAAAUUAUAAGAUGGUUUACACUAAAAGGAGAAUUCUUCCUAAUUUAGACACGUUGCCAUUUGGAUUUGGAUUAUAAAACGAAAUAUUUUGACGUUUUUGUUUUUUUUAUUGAAUGAUAAAUACACAAAUAAAAU